AUGCAGGACGCUCACCGAUCAGGCGAUGCCGCUGCAGCCACCGAUGCGCUGCAGGUGCUGCAGGUCGACCUCUUGCAGACAUUGCACGAACAAAAGAAGGCGGUCCUGGCGCUUGAGGCGCAGCGGCUGCUCUUCUUGGAACGCACCGCCGCAGCAGAGGUUCUCGCCGCCUGCCUGGCGAAGGAGCAGCUGCUGCGUCAGAUGUGGUGGAAGAAGCAACUCUUCCUUGUCGAGGCCAAUCUCACGUCGCGUGUGUUGCACCAACGCCUGAUUCGCGAGUCGCGAAGAGCCGCCAAUGGAAAGGGCACAAUUGCACGGCUGGAGGUAUGUUCGCCUCUGCUGCGACUAGACGUGGAUAAGGGUGAGAGUGAGGGUGAACGUGUAGUGGGGAGCGGCAGUGCUGUCGUCGAGGCUCUUGUUGUUCCACUCAACUGUGGUAUUGAACUUCAAUGCCGUCUUAUCGUUAACAGUUCCGGUAAUGAAAAAUAUGAUGCCGACAGUGAUGAAAAGUGGCUUCAAACGCAGAAACAGCAGGAUUCCUACUUUGAAGAAAUUAGGAGGGUACCAUUUGUUCUCACCUACGUUGCUGGAAAUGCGGCACUUUCUGAACACGGCAGCACGCUUGCAUAUGCGCAGCGUGAGACGGGUGGGAAUGAUGGACAAAUGGUGGCAUUUCCGGACGUCGCGCUUGACCACGCCGAGGCCAACUCUGUUCACACGCUGCUCAUCACCCACCCCCGCACACAGCAUAGCAUAAUACCGCCCUUGGAGGUGGCCGUUGUGGCUGUAGCAUCACCGUCCAUCACCCUCGAGGCGGUAACACAUAUAGAAGCUCCCACCACUAGCGACAAAAAGGACAGCAUGUCCCACAGUCAAGAUGCACUGCAGCGAUCAGAUGCUGGAGAGAUGGGAGUGCGCGUGGCAGUUGGCACUGAUGAAAUUGUCACUCGGAUCGUGCUCGAGUGCCAUGAGCAGUGUUGUGACGGGAAGCAGACCCAUUGUCUGGGUAAAGCUGAGGUAAGAGGAAAGGCGUGCGAGGAGCUACUUGUCGGGGAAGGGAGAUGGCGUUUUUCUUGCUGCAUCCCAAUAGAGAGCGUCCGCAGCACUGAGGUGGAUGUGAACCUGCUGCUACUGAAGGCACAAGUAACGCUAGCAUCUAUGCCUCAACAAACUUUUAGGGAAACGUUUCACGUUGCGUCCACUUCGCAAGCUGUGGAAGGCCGGGUGAAAAUCCACGCGGAAGAAGUCGCCCCAACCGUGCAGAAUGGCGGGAGUGAAAAGAAGGAAGUGAUGGUAAAGGACGCGCAGAAGGAUACAUCUGACUCGGGAAUACCAGCGCAGGGGGAUACCGCGUUGCGUUUGUACAGCAUGAUCGGCGAGGACUCGCGUGUAUCCACAGAGAAACAGGCCGACGACGAGUCGUGUGUCGCAAUGAGCUCCUUUCGCCUUGAUGACGAUGGUGUGCUUGGUAUUGCCCCCACGAGUGACACAUCGGCGAGUGUUCAUUCACCGCAUCUUGUUUAUUGCCGCCACACCGCGCCGGACUCCAUUGCCAACGUGCAGAUUCUGGGGCUUGAGCAGACAAUGCGUGAGGUGACGAGCGGAGGCAGCUCCUCCUCGCCGUUGGCUGAGUGGGUGCUGGAGCCUUGCGGUGGUGCACCACCGUGGUUCUUGCUGCGUGACCCACGCGGGGGUUGCGUUGUCCUUCGCUGGCAAAGCAGCGGCCCUCUUCGUGCUGAAACCUGUUUCUGCUACUUUCCCCCGCCUCUUCACGAUCACGGCGUCUGCGACGACGCGCGCGUGGUGGAGCAGCUGUUCGUCGAGCCGCUGGAGUGUAUUGUGCGUCGCUUGUCAUCUGGCCGAGUCACCUGCACGUCAUCAUCAUCGGCGGACUCGACGGUGCUUGUCGAAAACGCCGCUGCCGCGUGUGUGUGGCUUCCCGGUGACGAGGAGGUAACAAGCCUGGUGGUGGUGGCACAGCGUGGGUGCUGCUUCAGUGUAUACUCCCUCGACGACAAUGAGGUUCUGCUGCACUCCAGUCUGCAGGUCAACGCGCACCUCGCGGACGUCGCUGGUGAGCAAGAGUAUCUCGGUGUCACACCAGUGCGUGGUGGCGACGCGGUUCUGCUGUGGACCGCUACAACGGUGGAAAUGCUUUCACACGCUCCAUCAUGGACACGUGAGCUUGUUUACACAACGGAGUCGUUGGCUGGAGCGCACAUAAUGGCAUUGUGCCCUGUGCAUACGCCCCCUUUGCAAAAGAAGGAUGAGACAAUUUUUCUGUUUCUGUUGCUUUCCGACGGGAGUGUUGUGGGUCUUGCAGUUGACGGCAGUGUGCACACUGUGGGGCACUUGUCUUCUUCGGCGCCAUCGUCGCUGACGGCUGCGGAUCUGCCACAUGUAACAUCACUGAUGAUGCGGCAUGUGAUGGUGAACGAAAAGUCUGCUGUGUGUAUUUGUGGUCUUACGGAGAAUCACGUGUUGCGACGUGCCUACGUGUAUUGA